AUGGGAAAGGUAUUCAUAGAAGUCUGUGUAGAUAGCUUGGACAGUGCAAGAUGUGCUAUUGAAAAUGGAGCAGAUCGAUUAGAGAUAUGUGGUAAUCUGAGUAUAGGAGGAGGAGUAAGUCCAAGUAUUGGACUUAUAAGUGUGAUUAUUGAUCGUUUUCCUUUAAUUCCAAUCAUGGUCAUGAUUCGACCUAGAAUUGGAUCGUUUGUUUAUAUUGAAGAUGAAAUCCAAACCAUGUUAACUGAAAUUAAAGAACUUAGAGAUCUCAUUGCACGAAGAAGACAAGUCAAGAAUGAAGAUCAAAGGGAUACUACUGAAAUAGAAGGUGUUGUAGGAAUAGUAAUAGGGGCUUUGAAAUCAGAUGGAAGGGUGGAUGUGAUAACGAUGAAAAGAUUGAUCGAAGUAGCAAAUGAUGAAAUGCCAAUCACUUUCCAUCGAGCAUUCGAUAUGGUAAUCGAUCAAUCUCAAGCUUAUGAAAAUAUCCUGAGUCUAGGAGGUCGAGUCACUAGAAUUUUGACAAGUGCGGGAUCCAAAAGUUAUAAUGAACCAGAUUCUAUCAAAAAUUUAAAGAAUUUAACAACAAUUCAAAUAAAUUCAAUGAAAAAAACUAUCAAUCAAAAACACCCAAUGAUCAUGCCAGGAUCAGGUAUAAGUCCUCAAAUCCUUCCCGAGCUUCUAGAUAUCUUAAUACCAGUCUGGAAUCAGAAACAAGUUCAAGAGAAAUCCUUAAAAAAGGAACAUGACAAAUUGGAUACAAGUUUAGGUGAUGUUCAUCUUUCAGGUGGAAGUUGGUAUGUUCCUGUAUCAAAGGAAGAUGGUUUUGUACAAUCAAUGGCUAGGAAAGAUGGUAUGGGGUUUGGGUUAGUAGAUCGUUCGGGUGAGAAUGAAGAAGCUAAAAGUUGGGGUAGAUGGAAAGUUAUUGGAGAUAAGGUUUCUUCUGUUAGGAAAACUUUGGAUCAAUACUUGGAAGGACUAUAA